CCUCCCAGUUACAUGGCAAGCGAGUUCGCGUCCUACACCCAGGAGAUAUGUCAGGAUUUGCGACCCCAGCUCCAAGAUCCGGCGCAGUCAGCCGAGCAAAUUCAUUCUACAAGUCGUGAACUGGCCUUCCCCUUCUUG